CCAAACCACAACAUAACCCCACUUUAUCCUUGUUUUUCUUCCUGGGUGAAAAAGUACAAUUUUGUGGUAAAAAAUAUCCUCAGACGCCCCAAAAAGUUCCCAAAUGACCCUUGCUGGGGUUAGUGCUCACAAGCUGGCCCAGAAGAAGAGGGCGGAGAAAUUGGCCGCUUCCUUUCCAAAUGGGGCACGAUGCCAGAAGUGCUUGGAGUACGGACACUGGAGCUAUGAGUGCAAAUCCAAGCGGAAGUACAUGCACCGUACAUCGCGAACGCAGCAGCUGAAGAAGAAAAUCGGCGAAAUUGAAGCAAAAGCAGGAAGCUCAAGUGAGCCAAAGGCAAAGGUGCAGAGACGGAAAUCUCAUGAUUCCUCAUCAUCGAGCGACUCUGAAUCCGAUUCGUCUGAUGACUCGUCUAGCAGCAGUAGCAGUAGCAGCAGCAGCAGCAGCUCCUCCAAUUCCUCAUCAAGCGACACGUCGGACAGUGAGAGUGAUUCAUCUGAUUCCUCUGACUCCUCUUCAUCCUCCUCAUCGUCAUCAUCUGCACGAAAGUCUCCUUAAAUUAAUUACUAUUUUAAGAACUUACUAGACCUAUUAUUAUUAUUAUUAUUAUUAUUAUUAUUAUUAUUACUAAAAGAAAAUUGCUGUAUAUAGACGUAAGAAAUCAAUUGUAUGUAAUUUUAAUUCAAACAAUUAUAAAAAAAAGAAAAUUAUGUGACAUUGAAA